AGAGUGACUGCUGCUGAAUGUGAUGUGAAGGUCAAGGUUAGUUGAAUCAAACAGCUGCCACAGAUGACCAUAAGACUACAGUAAAGGCCAGUAGAGAUCUGUCACAUCAAGUUACAGGAAUUAACUUGGAUAGUCUAGAUGACCACAACAGUAUGGCCAGUGGAGAGGACAUCUCAACAUAUUUUACAGGUACACAUGAAGUACAAGAAUGUCUUGAAGGUCAAUGUGAGGCAGAUCUACACACACACAAGUCAAACUGCAAGAAAAAUCCUGGCCAUAAAAACUUUGUACCUGUAAAUCAGUUAAGUUUUGAACAUUUUCCUUCUGAUUACCAUGACAACGAUCUGCAUGCUCUCACAAAAGCUCUGGCUGACCUAACUGUCAGGAUAGCCGUUAAGUUGACCAGUCCAGACAGACCAGAGUUUGUACCAGACACUAAAGAUCCAUAUCCUUGCUACAACACCAGGGGAAUGAACUCACUUCAUACAGGGACUGGGAGGGUGAUGAGGGUGAUCAAGUACACAGAGGGGAUGAGGGGCUACAGAACUUGUCCAUGUCCUGAAUGUGACCACUCGGACACACCCAGCAAAGUGUGGUGGCAGGUUGGUGUGCAGACAGCCAGACAUGUAGUUUUUGAUGAGAGUGAGGCGAGACAGUCCAGCUGUAGGUUGUGGUUUGAUGAUGAUAAAAGUCCAGUGGUCAACAUUUAUGGGUGGAAGGUGGGCGAGUCAGACACUGAGGGAGACUGGUGUUGGUUGUAUUGUGUGACACAUGACGUAGAUGUAGGUGGUAAACUGAAGAAGAUGGUGAGGCGGUUUGAUGGUCUAUGUGAUAAAGUAGAGGACAAAUACCCGAGUCGUAGAGAUGUGGACAAGCUGACCAUUAUAGUGUCACAUCCUCAUGGCUGUUCUAAGCAGGUCUCUGUAGGUCACUGGGUGGACAGGCAGGUGGUGGGGAUAGAGACCAGGUACACGUACACAACGUCCACCUGUCCAGGUAGCAGUGGGGCUCAGGUCUACAGACUGGGGUGGGGCGGGUCUGUCCAUCCCCACAGUGGAGCUAAGUCUCGUGGAUUAAAUUAUAGUGGGGUGUGGUAUGACUAAGACUUGUAGUUGUCUGCUCUUGUAUAGAAUGUAAACAAACAUGGCGCCUGUUGGAUGUCUGUCUUUUGUAGAAUGUAAACAAACAUGGCGCCUGUUGAAUGUCUGUCUUUUCCAGAAUGUAAACA